AUGAACUCCUGCGCUGUUAGCGUCGAUCCAAUGGAAGAGCUUAUGCAUAAAUUUUGGGAAGUGGAAAGCGUUUCACCAGAGAUGGUUCCUUCGAGCGAGAAGGAGCAGUGCGAAGCACACUUCACUGCAACAUAUCGUCGAGACGACAGUGGUCGUUUUAUCCUCUAUCUACCGCUGAAGGACAACGCUCCCCAGCUGGCAGAUUCUCGUUCUAUGGCCUUGCGGAGAUUUUACAUGUUGGAAUCGAAGCUACAACGUAACCCAGAUUUGAAAGUCCAGUACGACGCCUUCUUGGAUGAGUACGAGACUCUUGGGCAUUGCCACGAGAUCAAGGAGCAUGAUGACCCCCCUGGAAUAUUGAAGUUUUAUCUUCCUCAUCAUGCUGUUUUACGUCCCUCAAAAACGACUACCAAAUGUCGAGUUGUGUUCAACGCAUCGGCCAAGGUGUUUGGAUUAUCACUCAAUGACGUGAUGAUGGUCGGUGCUACAGUGCAGAGCGAUUUGCUGUCCAUAAUUCUUCGCUUUCGAAAGUUUCGAUACGUUUUGAGUGCAGACGUAUCAAAAAUGUAUCGUCAGAUGCUGAUCGACCCCGCCUUCACUCCAUUACAGCGGAUUUUCUGGCGGAAGUCCCCUCAAGAUCCUCUGCGAGUCCUCGAGUUAUCAACAGUGACAUAUGGUACAGCGGCGGCCCCAUUCUUGGCAACGCGGGCUCUUCUUCAAUUAGCUCGCGAUGAACGACACAAAUUUCCUCUCGCAGCGAUGAUCGUGGAAAGGAAUUUCUACAACGAUGAUGCACUGUUUGGUUCCGACGAUUAUGGAGAAGCGUGUGAACUUCGGGACCAACUGAUAGGCCUACUGAAAUCCGGUGGGAUGCAUCUACACAAGUGGUCUUCCAACGAUGAUAGCCUUUUGGAUCCUAUUCCCAAUGAAGACAGAGAGCGAUGCGUUCCACUUGGUGACAGCGGUAUCAACGACAUUAUAAAAACAUUGGGUUUAAUGUGGAACCCUUCUACUGAUGAAUUCCUGUUCCGAUCGCAAUCUCCAGAGAAGAUCAAAGAACCAACAAAGCGACAAGUUCUGUCCGAAAUCGCCAAGAUUUUCGAUCCUCUUGGUCUUAUUUCUCCUGUGGUAGUAGUGGCGAAGAUUCUGAUGCAAAAUCUAUGGAUUUGUAAGCUGAAAUGGGACGAUCCGUUGGACGAUGGCCUUUUGUACCAAUGGGAAAGCUUUUUGACAUCGCUGCCAUCUUGUGAGCAGAUUCGGAUUCCACGCCAAGUUAUAUCAAGCGAAGCUAUCCACUACGAGCUUCAUGGGUUCGCCGAUGCCUCCCAGAAGGCAUACGGUGCUUGCGUAUACGUGAGGUCGAUUUUUCCUGAUGGCAGAGCAUCAUUGAGGCUAGUCAGCGCGAAGUCUAAAAUAGCACCGAUCACACCUGUGACGAUUCCGAGAAAAGAGUUACUAGCCGCUCGACUUCUAACAAGGUUAAAUAGUAAGGUUAAAGAAGCAUUAGAAAUGAACUUCACGUCUACGAUAUUGUGGUCUGAUAGUCAGGUUGUACUGGCAUGGCUACGAAAGCCACUUGAUAGUCUUCAAGUGUUUGUUCGCCACAGAGUUGCAGAGAUUACGUCCCACAAGCAUAUUGUCUGGAAGUACGUUCGGACCGACCAGAAUCCAGCGGACAGUGUGUCACGAGGACAAGCUGCCAAGGAAUUAGCAGAAAAUGACCUCUGGUGGAAUGGACCUCACUUUUUGCGUACCGUCGACUACCAAGAAGAGGAACCAAUUACUCUUACGGAUGUCGAGAUUCCAGAGUUGAGGGUCCAGCUGGCAGCUUUGCCAGUGAUGAACUACGAAGAAUUCCCACUCUUGACAAAGUAUAGCUCCUUCCGGAAAACGCAGCGGAUUUUGGCAUACGUGCUACGCUUCAUAUCGAAUACUAGAAAGAAGAAGGAAGACCGGUUGCUUUCAGCGUACCUCACCUUACCAGAACUUCGAACGGCAUUGCAUUUUAUCGUUGGAGCUGUCCAGCAUCAGGAGUUCUCCAAGGAGAUCGAGUGCAUUAGGUCAGGAGAGUUCAACCAUCGUCUAAAUAACUUGAAACCGUUUCUGCACAAUGAUCUACUGCGAGUGGGUGGUCGACUUAGCCAUUCUGAUCUACCAUUCGAAGUGAAACAUCAGUUGAUAUUACCUGACAAGAGUCCCAUCGUUCGUGGUUUAAUCGCCGAUAUACAUCGCGAGAAUCUCCACACUGGAUGCAGCAGCGUUCAAUAUCUUCUACGACAACAGUUUUGGUUGAUCAACGCAAGAUCUACCAUCAGAAAGGUGUUGAGAGGUUGUGUCACUUGCUUCCGAAUGAAGCCUACUACGAUCGAUCAACAAAUGGGGGAUUUGCCGUCAUACCGUGUCACCUCUGCACCAGCCUUUGAGAGAGUUGGACUUGACUUUGCAGGUCCAAUCUACGUGAAGCAACCUGGACGGAAAGCCACUUCAAUAAAGGGUUACAUCUGUGUCUUUGUAUGCAUGGUCACGAAGGCCAUGCAUCUGGAAGCAGUGGAAGAUUUGUCAGCAGAUUCAUUCCUGGCCUCAUUUCAGCGCUUCGUAUCCCGGCGAGGCUUUCCGAAGGAAGUGUUCAGCGACAACGGAACAAAUUUCAUCGGUGCAAGAUCAGCUUUGCGGGAUCUGUAUCUACUCUUCAAGGAGGAAGCCACCCAGAACAAGAUCUUCGAGUACUGUCAAGCGAAGCAGAUUGACUGGAGAACGAUACCCCCAAACGCGCCACACUUUGGUGGGCUUUGGGAAGCUGGAGUGAAGAGCGUAAAGACAGUACUAAAGAAAGUGUAUCAAUCUACUUCAUUGACACUCUUCGGACUUUCCACCCUGUUAUGUCAGAUUGAAGCAAUACUGAAUUCGAGACCAUUGUAUUCCUUAUCAAGCGACCCAACGGAACCGGAAGUGCUAACUCCUGGACAUUUCAUCAUAAACCGUCCACUUUUGGCUAUUCCCGAACCAUCAUUGAUGCAUCUUCCGACCAAUCGACUAUCGCACUGGCAGCGCAUACAGCAGUUGCGCGAACACUUUUGGAAGCGAUGGUCUAAGGAGUAUGUCACCGAGCUGCAAGUAAGUGGAAAGUGGACCAACAAAAGGAACAACAUUCGACCUGGAAUGAUUGUCGUGCUAAAGGAAGAUAAUCUUCCCCCUCAAUGCUGGAGACUGGGACGUGUUGUGAAGGUUUAUCCUGGAGCCGACGAUUUGGUAAGAGUGGUUGAUGUCCAGACAAAAACGGGUACGUUUCAAAGGCCGAUACACAAACUUGCGCCUUUGCCGAUAGCUGAUAAUGAGUCUUCUUCUGCAAUUUCCACUUCUUGCCUGGGGGAGAAUGUUCAGUCCAACCUGUUCGAACUGAAGCGACAGAGUGGCAGCGAGCGAACGCUUUAUAUCCACUAA